AUGGGCACGCAGGCUGGCUACUGGCGAGGCUGUCGGCGAAACGGGAAAUCACGCACGAAUGUCCGGUCGUUGGUCGAACGAGACAUUUCGAUCGUGGUUGGUUGGGAGGGGGCGGUGGAAUGGAAUGGAUCGUACGGGACCCCCCUCCCCACCCGCGGGACGGUGCCACCCCUAGAGGGACCAACACGUGUGUCGUCCUACGUCACAGGACACGCAACAACGACACAUUCCCUCGAAACGAAUGACCGGACCGUGCGGCGCCCGGUUCACUACCCAAACUCGUUCGCUCGCUCGGACGGACUCGAACGAUUCCCAAACGGUGCUUCCAGUUACGGUACUCGUGUGGAGAUAGUAAGUAGGGACUCCAAAAUGUCGGGUUCCCCCACGUCCCGGACUCCGGGACGCACCGGAGCCGGAGCCGGCGUCCGACAGCGAUCCAACCACAACCACAAUAAUAACAAUAACGGUAACAGUCAACCGGGACGAUCCUCACGCAACCACAACGACACGCGUCGAAACGCGUCCCGAUCCAACAACAACAACAACAACAGUAGCCGACACCGCCACAAAGGGUCAUCCAACCCAUCUUCCGACGGGACGCAGUUGCUGCGUGACGAGGAUGUUCUCAUUGCCUUUAUGCCGUACCUCAAAGACAGUCAUUCGGAAGCGGCACGAAUACACCAAGCGUACCAGUCGGGCAGUGAUCAGCGGGCCUUUCUGCAAGCGGCACGGGCCUUUUUGGAACGACAACGUCGCACUGCUCCGUCCGUAGCACCACCAGCGGCAACACCGGAACCAGCACCAGCACCCACCACGUUGCCGGCGACCAGUGCCGACGCUACGCUCUUCCCUCAUCCGCCCCUUCUCCAACCGACCCCCUCGGCAAUGGACCAGUCUCCAUCCGAUGUCCACACCAUGCUGUUUGGACCCACCAGUGUGUCGCAGCAUUCUCUCUUUUCCCCGUUACACCCGACGCAAACCGAAUACCGUCCCGAAGCCCUCGAAGCGCGAGGACUCGAUGAAGCCUCCCGUAGCCAACGUCUACCACCGCCCGUGCCCACCAAUCGUCCCAACCCUCCACACACGCACCACCACCUCAACAACAACAAUAAUACACUCUCCAUGCGCUCUUUAGAACAAGGACUGCACGACCUUUUGAAUGAUGAGCCCGUGGCGUCUCUACCCGUACAGGGAGCAUCCAUCUGGGGUGCCACUCCGGUGGACAGAAUACCCCACGGUCCUCCGCCUCCGGUGACUCCGCCCCGAACAGACCCGCUCCCGUCCCACGCGUACCCCUAUAACACGGUGCAGUCGACUGCGACUCCCUGGUCCAGUCCCUCCCGUACCCCAAUCCCACCGGGAUUGGCUCCGGUCUUCUUGGCUCCCACUCCGUCCCCGGCGGUACCGCAAACCGCUGCCGAUCCCCCCAGACAACAAACACCGAAACUGUCCGAAGUCCCACCCAAGACCGCCAAAAAGGAAGCGCCCCCUCCGAAACGCUGCUGGACGUAUUUUCACGAGCAGCCCGGUCGUUUGAACGUGGACGGAACAUCCGGAGAAGACUCGAGCGUCGUUUUGCCUCUGGCUCCCCGCUCGGAAUUGACGGCCCACUGGACGUUGCCCUUGACCUACUUGCGCCAGUACGCACUAGAACAUUUGGGUCCCCGCGUAGGCUUGGAAAAAGUCCUGGCCGGACUCUCUGUGGGUCUCUUUCGACGGGGCUGCACCGAAAACGGCUCCCAGGCGUCAAUCAUUUCCAAAUGCGUCCUCGGUGAGAACAACCGCACCUACAAAUUCUGGAAGGACGCCGCAUCCGAGUCCGUCCACGGAAAAGUCCCCUUUUACUCUCCCCGGACGCCCGGUCACGUCAUACUCCGUAUGUACUGGGACAAGAAUCCCCUCUACACAUUGGCCAUGGGGCCCACGCUGCUGGUCCGGGUCACCGAAAACGAAUUUGACGGCAGCGUCCGCUUUAUCCUCAGCAACUUCAAGGCCAAAAAAUCGAAUCCGACGUCUUUGUCCUCGCUCCACUCGUUGGCGUCGGUACUGGAGACGCCUUUGAGUCGACCGAACGAGUCGGCGGCUCGCGCAACGUGGGGUUGCGUGCAAGAGGCCCGCAAAGUCCUGGACGCUUGCGCGGCGGAAUACGCCAAAACCAGUGCCAAACUCUCCACGUUGGAAGAGACCGUGGACGAACUCAAGAAGCGUGUGGAGGCCGAGGAAACUUCCUCGCCGAGUGAUCGUUCUCUUACGGACGGCGAAAGCCGCGACGGGGCGGAUCCGCAGCUCGACUCGGAUCUUACUUUGGACUUGCGGGAAAAGACCAAGACCUUGAUGGGUGGACGGGCCUCCUGUGAACGCAAAUGGAGAGAUUCCCAAUUGGCCUUUGCCAGUAUCCUCCGCGCCGUCGUGAGCAAUUCCACCCUGUCCGUACUACUGCGUCGGGACUUGAUUACGAAAAUGCGGAUCGAAUACGAACUCUGGUGUCCCCUGUCGGAAGAAUUUGCCAUUCCCAGUGACACGGCCAAAAUGUGGUACGAGCCACUGAAGGAUCUGCCACACACCAUCACAGCGGACGAUUUUCGUUUCUACGCGCAAGUACGCACGAAAAUGCAAAUGCGGACUCUGGGGUUCGACCCCAAUCUCGUUUCCCUCGAAGAUAUUCUUUUCCCGCCCAUUCGCGGCAAGACCAAGCAGAGAGUCAUGGAUGCGGGCGCGGUUGGCGUUUUCAACAACGUGUCCGCGGCCAUGGGUCAAUACUUUCAAAAUCUCUACAUGGACGAGGACCGUAUCGUGCGUCAAAGACAGAUGAUACAAGAACGUACCCAGCACUGUGUUGAGGAGUGCGCCGCCUUCCCGCUGGGGACCAAGGUAGUCAUCUUUGGUUCGUCGGCGAACGGUUUCGGAUCUCCCAAAUCAGACCUGGACAUGUGCUUACAACUUCCCGAGGGCUCCAGAUUGAACCACGAAGCAGGUGGGGAAGCCAUGGCAAAAUUGGCGCAGUACUUGGACACUUUUGGCAUGAAGAGUGUGGAUACGGCUCGUCUUACCGCUCGUAUUCCCAUCGUCAUGUUUCAAUGUCCCAACCCCAUGUCCACAGGAAACGGUGAGGACGAUCUAAUUGAGUGCGAUCUGUCCAUGCACAAUACUCUGGCCGUUCUGAAUACGGCACUCUUGCGGACCUAUGCGGAAAUUACUCCCGUCACUCGUGUUUUGGCUGCCAUUAUCAAGCGAUGGGCGAAAGCCCGCGACAUCAACAAUCCAGCUCGACACACUUUGAGUAGCUAUGGCUACAUCAUAAUGCUUCUACACUUUCUUUCCUAUCAUAAACGCAACGGCAAUGGCCUCGUUUCGGCGGUCGCUCCGCCGGAAGGAAACGCGAGCUCGCGGAAGGAGUCCGACCCGUCGUCGACUCCGCUGCUACCCAACCUACAGUGGAUGGAUCCCGCGUGGCCCAACUUUCCUAAAGGAACGCCUUACAAAGAGCUUCGCUCGCUACCGAAAGACAUAAAGGAACAUCCACUUGAAGAGAAGAAGACCAUUAAUGCCUACUUUUACAAGCCCAGUACACCCAACGAUAAGGCUCUUUUGCAAAUGCUUUUUCCCGGUCAGGAUCUUUCUCUUGCCAUUCUGUUGGCCUCCUUUUUCCGAUACUAUGCAUACGAAUUCGACUACAAACGACAAGUUGUAAGUCUACACUCAACGGCCUCCCGUGGUGUUUUGGAACGCGAGGUCAAGGCCGAAUUGGAUGGGUGGAGAAACUACAGUGCCGCCUUGACUAUCGAAGAUCCGUUCGAGACCUUUUACGACGUGGCGCACGUUUUGCGCGGUGGAUACUACCACCGCAUUCGGCGCGAAUUUACCGUGGCGUAUUCCAAAAUUGCCGACGCCUCUGCUGGACGUACAGGCAACUGGAAUAAGGGAGAUUUGCGAUCAAUGAGUGGGGAAGAGCUGGUUGACUGGAUAUGUGAACCCGUGUCGAGUGAAUCCAACGAUACCAAUGCCCCUUGAAUAUAAAAAAUAUACAUUUGUAAGCGAGUGUGUCGGGCCCAGUCGGAUCAGCUUUCCCGAGUACCCAAAAUAGAUGUUAAAAAUUGCGCAAUCUUCCUACAGUUAAUGU